GCCACCUGUCACAUUUCCGCAAAAUCACACCAAAAGCCGCUUCUUUCCUUGUUUGCUCAAUCUGAGAGAGAUUGAGGGAGUGUGUUUGUUUUGAUUCAUGCUUCUGCUGUGGCCUCGUUGCUCUCUCAAACCCUCGCUUUUCUCAUCAUGGCAUUGAAGGGCAAACAGGUCGCCGGAAAAGGCUCCUUCGACGCCAAGGACAAAGGCAAGCGGAAGCGCGACUACUCGGGUGAGAAGGAGAAAUCCGCUGCCGCUGCUCGGAAAAGGAAGAACCCCGGCGUCCUCAAGUUCUUCGACGACGUCGCUGCCGACACCAACGAAAGCGAUGACAGCGAUGAGUUUGACUUCCCCAAUCAUUUUAUGGAUGAAGAAUUUGAAACAGAAGCAGAAGUUCGGGAAGAGCCUGGAAAGACCAAUAACUUUCCAUUUAUUCCUAAAGAAGAAGAGAUGGAUGAGGAAGAAUUCGAUAGAAUGAUGGAAGAACGAUACAAGAAUGGUUCUACAUUUGUAACAUUUGCCGGAGAUGAUUAUGAGAACAAAAGAUGGGCUGACAGAGAUUCAUCAGUGCAUUUGGACAAUGAUCCAAUUAUUUGGAAAGUCAAAUGCGCGGUUGGACGUGAAAGGUUUUCGGCUUUCUGUCUUAUGCAGAAGUUUGUUGAUUUGAAACCGCUAGGAACCAAACUGCAGAUAAUUUCUGCAUUUGCCGUUGACCAUGUCAAGGGAUUUAUUUUCAUAGAAUCUGAUAAACAAUCUGAUGUCAAUGAGGCAUGUCAUGGGCUUUGUAGUAUUUAUUCUUCUCGAAUAAUGCCACUUCCAAAGAAUGAAGUUUCUCAUCUGCUAUCUGCCCGGAGCAAGCGCAAUGAACUUUUGGAAGGCACUUGGGUCCGUGUAAAGAAUGGUGUGUACAAGGGUGACCUGGCACAGGUUGUGCAUGUGGACAAUGCACGUAAAAGAGCAACAGUGAAGCUGAUUCCAAGAAUUGACCUACAAGCAAUGGCUGAAAAAUUUGGUGGAGUUAAAGCCAAGAAAACAACUCCUCCAGCACCGAGAUUGAUCAGUUCAAGCGAACUUGAGGAGUUCCGCCCACUCAUUCAGUAUAGGCAGGAUCGUGAUUCUGGCAUUCUUUUUGAAAUCAUUGAUGGUCUAAUGCUCAAGGAUGGAUUUCUAUACAAAAAGAUAUCUAUAGAUUCAUUAAAUUGCUGGGGUGUCGUGCCAUUAGAAGCGGAGCUACUAAAAUUUGUGUCUUCUGAGAAAAAUGAAUCUAAUGAUGUUGAAUGGCUUUCACGGCUUUAUGGUGAGAAGAGGAAAAAGAAACAGAUCCCUAAAAGUGGUAAAGGGGGUGGGAAAGGAGAGAGCACAUCAAGCUCCUGUACAGGGAAUAGCUUUGAAUUGCAUGAUCUUGUGUGUUUUGGUCGAGAUUUUGGGGUUAUCAUAGGCGGCAUGGAAAAAGAUAAUAGUUACAAGAUCUUGAAAGAGGGAAGCGAAGGACCUACUGUGGUUACAGUUCAGGAGCAUGAGUUAAAGAAUGGGCUGUCUGAUGUGAAAUUUACCACAUUAGAUCAACACAAGAAGACCAUAUGUGUUAAUGAUACAAUCAGGGUUAUGGAAGGACCAUCUGAGGGUAAGCAGGGUAUUGUUAAGCUAAUCUACAGAGGGAUCAUUUUCUUGUAUGAUGAGAAUGAAACGGAGAAUGGUGGUUAUUUUUGCUGUAAAUCUAAAAUUUGUGAGAAAAUCAAGCAAUCUAUUGAUGCUUUUUGUGAAAAGGGCGGGGGUGGAGAAUCAGGUGUAUUUAUUGAAGAUUUCCCAUCAUCCCCUAAGUCCCCACUAUCUCCUAAAAAGCCAUGGGAAAGGAAUGGUAACCGUGAUUUCAAUCAGGGAGAUAAUGGUAAUUUGUUCUCUGUUGGACAAACUCUGAGAAUACGAGUAGGGCCAUUAAAGGGAUACCUUUGCCGUGUCUUAGCCGUACGUCGUUCAGAUGUUACAGUGAAACUAGAUUCUAAACAGCAAGUUUUGACAGUUAAAUGCGAGCAUCUUUCUGAGGUUCAUGGAAUGGGCUCUGCCAUGUCAAGGAGUGAGGAUCCUGGGUCCGGUUCUUUAAAACCAUUUGAGCUGCUUGGAGGUGAAGGAUGCUCUGGAGGUUGGAUGGAUGGAGCAGGAACAUCAGUAGUGGGAGAUGGGUGGAAUGCAGGAGGGGUAUCUGGUGGAAGGAGCUCCUGGUCUAGCUUGCCUGCCAACAGCUUUCCGCUUCAACCUGAAUCGGACUCUGCAAAUCCUUUCAGUUCUGAGGGUAAUGAUGCCAAGAAAGAUGUGGAAGAUACCGCUUGGGACAGUGCAGUGGCUACAAAAAAUAAUUCAUCAUGGGGUGCUUCAACAGCUAACAAUGAUCAAGUUGCUGGCUCAGGAAAAAGUGUUGAAACUUGGGAAAAAGCAGCUGCUGGAAGUGGGGGAUUUGACAGCUGUGCAUCUGGUUCUUGGGGUAGAGCAACUGAACCAAAUGGAGCUGGUGGAGGCCACUGGGGAAAGAACGUUAAUGUAAAUGAUGACCAAUUAUGUCAGAAAACAUCUGAGGAACCUUGGAAUAAAGGAAAGAAUGUUAUUGGAAAUGCAACUGGCAGUUGGGGUGAUGGAACUGCUGAGAAGAAUCAACUGAAUUCUUGGGGUAAAGGUAAAAGUAUAGUUGGAGGAUCAUGGACAAAAAAUAAUAGUGGUUCUAGUGCCUGUGAGGAGGGCUUGAACAAUGUCAGUUCUGGGUGGAGUCAACAAAAUCCUUCGGAUAACAGAAAUGGUAGAAUUGGGAGUGAUGCAUCUGCUUGGGGCACUAGUGGAGAAAUUAAGAAUGAUUCCUGGGGCAAAGCCACAGGGAACUGGGGCAGUAAAGAUGGAAUGGAUGGGGUUGAGUCAGGUUGUAAAAGUUCAACUCCGGAGACCGAGAAUCAGACUAGGGGCUGGGGUAAUGCUGGUGCUGGAUGGACUCGAUCAGAAGUUGGAAAUAAAGAUGAAGCAGGUGGUUGGACAAAAGCCAAAGUUGUUGGAAGUCAAACUGCAACAUGGGGCAACGCAAAAAAUUCCAGCGAAGCUGAAAGAGGUUGGAGUAAAGACAAAUCAAAUAAGCAGGAUGAGACUGAUGGAGGGUCUUCUUGGGGUCAAGAAGGUGGAGGCUCUGCAUGGAACAAGCCAGCUGGAGGAUCUUCAUGGAGUAAAGAAACCGGUGCAAAUUCGAAAGAUGAGUCAGGUGGGAUGAUGGAUCAAGAUGAUGGUUGGAACAAAACAAAAGGUUUUGCUGGAGAUAAAGGGUUGGGUAAUUGGAACAAAGGUUUAGGAAACCAGGAUUCUAGUUCGGGCAUGAAAAGCAAUUGGAACUCUGGAUCUGGUGGUUUCGAUCUGAACCAGGAUUCUGUUUUGGGCAAGGAAAGCAGUUGGAAAUCCAACACUGGUGGCAAUCGAGAUUUUAAUUGGGGAAAGAAAAGCAACGAGGACAAUUCUGAAUCUGGUGGAUUGGAUGGGAACCGGGAUUCUAGUUGGGGGAUGAAAAACAGUUGGAAUGCUGGUUCUACUGUUGCUGAGGGCAAUCAGGAUUCUGCUUGGGAAAAGAAAAGCAGUUCGAAUGCUGGUUCUAGUGUAGCUGAUGGCAGUCAGGAUUCUGAUUGGGGAAAGAAAAGCAGUUGGAAUGCUGGUUCUGGUGCUACUGAUGGCAACCAGGAUUCUGCCUGGGGAACGAAAAGCAGUUCGAAUGCUGGUUCUAGUGUUGCCGAUGCCGAUCAGAAUUCUGCUUGGGGAAAGAAGAGCAGUUGGAAAGCUGGUUCUAGUAUAGCUGAUGGCAGUCAGGAUACUGCUUGGGGAAAGAAAAGCAGUUGGAAUAUUGGUUCUGGUGCUACUGAUGGCAACCAGGAUUCUGCUUGGGGAAAGAGAAGCAGUUCAAAUGCUGGUUCUAGUGUCGCCGAUGGCAAUCAGAAUUCUGCUUGGGGAAAGAAAAGCAGUUGGAAUGCUGGUUCUAGCGUCGCCGAUGGCAGUCAGGACUCCACUUGGGGAAAGAAAAGCAGUUGGAAUGCUGGUUCUAGUGUUGCCUAUGGCAACCAGGAUUCUGCUUGGGGAAAGAAAAGAAAUUCAAAUCCUGAAAGUGGUGAUGCAGACCGGAAUUCUAGUUGGUGCAGGAAAAGUAAUUGGAACUCAGCAAGUUCCUUCAGUAGCAAUCAGUCAGAAGAAGGUGCUGGAAAUGAAAACCAAACUGAGGGUUUCAGUACCAGGCCAAGUGGGGGGAAUUGGAGAGGGGGUUUCAGAGGUAGAGAAAAUUCAGAAAGAGGUGGCUUUAGAGGUCGAGGGGGUUUUGGUGGUAGAGGUGGAGAUAGAGGGGGUUAUGGUGGUAGAGGUAGAUCAGACAGAGAAGGGUAUGGAGGCAGGGGUCGUGGAAGGUAUCAGAGUGGUGGUUGGAACAACACAAAUUCUAGUGAGGAUGAGCCGGGAGGAAGUUGGAAGCAAGAAAGUAGAUCUGACAGAGGAGGAUAUGGUGGUAGUCGGGGUCGUGGAGGGGAUCAAAUUGGUGGUGGGAACAACACGAAUUCUGGUGGGAAUGAGUCCUCCUCAUGGAGCAAAGGGGCAGAAGGAUGGAAAAAUAAUGAUGGAGGAGGAAGUUGGAAACAAGAAGGUAGAUCAGACAGAGAAGGGUAUGGAAGUGGGGGUCAUGGAAGGGAUCAAAGUGGUGGUUGGAACAACACAAAUUCUAGUGGGGAUGAACCCUCCUCAUGGAGCAAAGGGGCAGAAAGAUGGAAGAAUAAUGAUGGAGGAAGUUGGAAGCAAGAAGGUAGAUCGGAUGAAGGAGGGUUUGGAGGUAGGGAUCGUGGCAGGGAUCAAAGUGGUGGUUGGAACAACAAAAAUUCUGGUGGGGAUAAGCCCUCCUCAUGGAGUAAAGGAGCAGAAGGAUGGAAAAAUAAUGGAGGAAGUUGGAAGCAAGAAGGUGGUGAUAAGUAUCAGGGGAAGGGUGAGGAUUCAGGAAAUGCUGAUACUAGCAAUGAAACUGGUUGGAACAGCCAAGGGUCAGGUUUGAACCGGGGUGGAUCAGACAGAGGAUGGUAUGGAGGUAGAGGUAGGGGUCGUGGAAGGAGGGAUUGGAACCAAGACGGGUCUGAUAGAGGAGGGUAUGGGGGUAGAGGUAGAGGAAGGAGGGAUCAAACUGGUGGUUGGAAUAGCUCAAAUUCUGAUGGGAAUGAGCCCUCUUCCUAUAACAAAGGGGGGGCAGAGGGAUGGAAAAGUAAUGAUGGUGCAGGAAGUUGGAAGCAAGAAGGUGAUGGUGAUAAGAAGCAGUGGCAGGGCAGGGAUUCAGGAGUUGCAGAAACUAGCAACAGAACUGGUUGGAACAGCCAGGGAUCGGGUUGGAACCAACCAGUGGCAGACAAAGAAACUGGUGGUUGGGGCAAAGGAUCAAAUAAUGAAAAUGGUCAAAGCCAGAAAAACAACUGGAAAUUGCAAGAUGAUUCUGGUGGGGGACAAGGGUCAAGCUGGAACAAAGGGCCAAAUUCAAGCGGUGCAGAUUGGGGUCAAUCAUCUGGCUGGAAUCAAUCAAGUAAUGCAAAAGAAAGAGGUGAUGGAGGUGGAGAACCAUCUGAUUCAUGGGGUAAAGCAGCAGCAAGCUCUUGGGGUAAGGCAGACAACAAGUGGUAAUGACUUGCAGGUUAUGCUCUCUGGGUGCUUACCAGUUCUGUAUAUAAAGUUUUAUUUACUUUUUACCCAGUUAGGAAGUAUCUAGUCUGUCUCUUGGACCCUUAAUUGCAAAUUUUUAAUGUAUGUAAGCUCUCUUUAAGAACCUGUGUUUGGGUAUAGGCAGUGGAUUAAACUUUUGGGGAACUUUCUCUUCUGAUCAUGGAAGAGAUGAUAUAUUCCUGCAAGUGGUACUUAGUAAAUGAAAGUGGACUCUGUUAAUCGUAUGAUAUUACCUUUAGUUUUUAA